CCACACGGACGUGUUCCUAGAGCCGAGAGCCGUCUUCUGUAUCUGCACGAAAACAAGAUCAUCUAUCGAGCCACACAAGCUGUGGAUUGGUGGGGUCUGGGUGUGCUGAUCUUUGAGAUGUUGUUGGUGAGUUACCAUUCCCUGGUGACGACGAGGAAGAGGUAUUCGAUUCAAUUGUCAACGAUGAGGUGCGCUAUCCGCGCUUCCUCUCACUCGAGGCCAUAGCCGUGAUGCCUAGGCUACUUCGCAAGAAUCCGGAGAGGCGUCUGGGAUCCUCGGAACGCGAUGCGGAGGAUGUUAAGAAGCAGGCAUUCUUCCGUUCUAUUGUGUGGGAUGAUUUGCUGCUGCGAAAGGUCAAACCCCCCUUCGUGCCCACCAUUAACCACUUGGAGGAUUUGUCGAACUUCGACGAGAAGGCGCAGCUAACGCCGCCGAAGGAGCCGCGCCACCUGUCCGAGGAGGAGCAGGUGCUCUUCCAGGACUUUUCUUACACGGCCGAAUGGUGUUAGGAACUUGUUGUUAGUUCGAAAGAUCACCAAUGGGCCUAGCCCGAUCGUUAUAGCCUUUGUCUUUUGCUUUUACAUGUGUACGAAGUUGGUUUUGAGUAGUUGUACUUGGUUUAGUCGAUGUGAGUUCAAUAUUUAUACAUGAAGACAUUAUAAUGAUCAUGCAGAUACAGGACGUAUAUAUAUUUAUAAACACUAACUAUGUAGAAAAUCUAUCUAUUAAUGAGAGAACUUUUGAGUGUUGCUCACUGGCCGAGAGACCAACAUAAACCAAAUUACCUAGUUGACCACACCUUUUGGCAAGGCAAUCAUCCAUCCAGCCAGUUCAAAUCACAGUCGCCCACAUGAUCGUAGCAUUGUACAGCAAAUAGAGUCGUUUCUUUUCCUAAUACGAGAACGCAUUGAAUAGUCUGACAAACCCUAGGAAAGCCUUAAACGCAAAGUUGUAGUUUUGGACAGUUUUUUCGCAAGACCGGAUCUGAAUAGAUUUUAUAGAUGAGAGAGGAGGUAUGUUUACAACCCAGAGCAACCAUUGCAACAUAUUUUCAUAAUCGACAUACAAGAACAAAGGAUAUAUUUUA